AUGAGCAGGCUGGAAGGAUUAGAAAAACAAAGUAAAACAUCACUCCAGAGCACCGAAGAAGCACUCCACCAGGUGAAGAAGGCAAGAGCGACAUCGGGGGAACGGGAACGCCUCGAAGUGGAAUUGGUCAUUCGAAAGGCGGCGUUCCGAAUGGUCUCAGACGAGGAUGAAGCAUUCGAUCGGCAAAGAACUGUCGAGGCCGGAAGACCAGUCGUUCAACGCGAUGAUGAUGGCGACUACGACUGUAACGAUGAACACAGAUCCGUCACCAUACAGACCCCAAACGCCACGACCGCCGCCUUGCCACAUUGA